AUGUCAGUGGCGAAGCUCAUAUCAGUGGCAGACCUGCAUGGCGAUUUUGAUAGAGCAGUGCGCAUUCUGGUCCACGCCAACCUGAUUGAUCAGGAGACCCAUGCCUGGAUCGGCGGGGAUUCUACUUUAGUCCAGACGGGUGACAUAGUUGAUCGAGGAAGCCAUUCCAAGCAGAUUUACCAGCUCUUCUUCGGCCUUCGUGAGCAAGCACUCAAGGUUGGUGGCAGGGUCAUCAAUCUGCUGGGCAACCACGAGGUUAUGAACAUAAAGCAUGACUGGAGGUAUGUCACUGCGGCCGACAUUGCGGAAUUUGGAGGUGAAGAGGAACGUGCGCAAGCUUGGUCUUUGAAUGGAUGGCUGGGCUCACAAGUGCUCAAGUUCCCGGUGGCGAUCGUUGUGGAGAGGGUACUUUUUGUGCAUGCCGGACUUCUGCCAGAGAUUGUUGCGCGCCGUAGCUUGGACGACUUGAACGAAGAUACGCAAAAAGCGUUGGCUGGUGAGAUGCAAGGGACAGAGGCACGCGAACUUCUGGGACCACGAGGGCCAGUCUGGGCACGAGACUAUGCAAUUCGAGGUGAUGCCUCGUGCGAAAGGGUGGGGAAUGUGCUGUCAAAAAUGGGAGCUAACCGAAUGGUGGUUGGUCAUACGAUACAACGCGAUUUUCGCGUUCAUGCCCGCUGCGGUGGAAGAGUUAUCUUGGGGGACACAGCUAUUUCGCAGAGCUAUGGUGGUGCCAUGACGUAUCUGGAGCAUGAUGAGCACGGGGUCACUGCCGUGUAUCCUGGCACUGGUGAGAGACAGAGUUUAUUGUCUUCUGAUGUGGAUCCACGUCCUGACCCGAAUUUUGUAACGGCGACUGCCGUUGUGUCUGUAGCAUCUGCUGCGUCUCUCAGCUGGAGGCCAGACCUGGCUGCCCUUGGAAUUUUCAUCACGGGGGCAACGUUUGCCGUCUGGCGGUGCCGCUCAAGCGAAAAGCUGCAAAGACAUGCCACCUGA